AUUAUGAAAGCCUUUACCCUAAUCUACUAUAUAGUGCCUUAAGAUAAUGAUGAUGUUGAAAUACCUAAUGCUUUUGGGUAAUGAUAUCGUUAGAUUAAUAGUAUAGGUAAACAAAUCGAUUAAGUCACACUCAAAGACAUUAAGUCUAGUUUUCCACUUCAAGGAGAAUAUAUCUUUAGAUUUAGAUAUAAAACUAGUCAUAAUACAGUAUGGCUUGAUUUACCAACAGAUACAUCACAGAUUCCAUUAUUCAAUAAUCGCAUCUUAAUAAAAGCAACAAGGAUUAGUUGGGAUACUCAAAAUAAUUAAAUUCAAUAAACUUAGACAUAAUAAUAAUCGAAUGGCACUGUAUAAUAACAAAGUCAAAAUUAAAAUAUAAAUUAAUAAGUGUUAGCUUAAUUUUAAUAGUAGCAACAGAAUCAAUAACAAGCAUAUUAGUAAUAAUAGUCCCAAAACUAGAAUUUAAUUGAUUUUUGA